CUGAGGACUAUGAUGCCUUCAACAACUAUUCCUGGGGUUUUAAAAGCUUUAGGUUGACUGUUGAAUAUUUGAUGAAGGAAUUGAAGCCAACUGGGAAGACACUUAACCUAUAUGGCUUUCCUUGGGCUUUCAUGGCUUGGGCAUUUGAAGCCAUUCCUCACCUCCGGCAUCAAGUGAAGGAAUACUCCGAAGAAAUUACCUUUCCAAGAAUUCUUAGAUGGUCAUUUGCCAGAACAAUACAAAAUUGAGUGUUGACCUUUUUAACCCCCCUAAGGAAGCUGUAAGCAUUAGAACACAUUCAUAUAGAAUAAACUUAACUUUUGUUGUGAACCCAUGGCUUGUCCCGAUAAUAAGAGAGUUGGAGAUGCCAUGCAUUGUCACCUUUGUGCCCAUAGAAUCUGUGCCUGACAGAUUGAUUGAUGGGUUCAAAGGGGAAUUGGCUGGAGUGACAACCAUCACUAGGGUUGAUGAUGUUGUUGCUGGUGGUGGUGGUCUUGUUGCUGGUGGUGAUGUUGUUGAUGAUACUGGUGGUGAUGUUGUUGUUGAUGCUGUUGGUGGUGCUGAUGUUGUUGGUGGUGUUGUUCAACCUGUUGAUGUUGUUGUUGGUGGUGGUGGUGUUGGUGAUGAUGUCCCGGCAAGUAUUGUUGGGGAAAAAUUAAGAGAUGAUGAUGCUGAUAUUGGUGGAUUUACUCCAGUUGCUGGAUUUAGUGGUGUUGGAGGAUUUGGUGGUAAUUUUAGUGGUGGUGGAUUGAGUGGUAGAAGAUUUGCUGAUGUUGGUGCCGGUACCUCUAAGGUGCCCUCAUGUGCUUGUGAGUGCACCACUUGCAAGGAGAAAAUGGAUAAUUUGAUUAGAAAGGUGGAGGAGUUGGUGCAGGCCCAAGAAGCCACAAACACUUCUAUCCAGAGGUUGAUAUCCAAGAGGGGUAUCAAUCCAUCAAAGAACCUUUCCUCACCCUAUACUCCUGUUCAUGUUCGGAGGAGGGGCAAAGCAAUUGCCAAGGCACUUGCAUCAGUUAGAUCAAGGAAACCUGCUGCUACUCCCAGUAAGUCAAUUGAGACUCCUCUUCUUGAUGUUGGGCCAAAAGUGCUAAAGAAGGUGGACAUUUUCAAGCCUGUACAUGCCCAAAGAAAGAAAAAGGUUGAGACUGCAAUCAAAGCCAAAAAGAGUAGGAAAACCAUGUACUCAAUGCAUGAAUUUAGAGCCCCAGACUUCAAGGCUUUAACAAGCAUGGAAAUUUGGUGGGAGGAUUACCUAAGUUUCAACACUUCUAUAUAUCUAUCUACUUCAGUAUGUUGUUGCAACAGGUCCUUUAUUUUGUUGAAUCUGUUGCAGCAAGUUAACUAGCUGUUGCAACAGGUCCUUUAUUUUGUUGAAUCUGUUGCAGCAAGUUAACUAGCUGUUGCAACAAGUAGAUAAUCUGUUGCAACAAGUUACUUAUUUUUUACAACAAGUAACUAACUGUUUUACUACUUUUACUUUAGUAUGUAGAUGAAGUCCUGCUUCUAAUGCGUAUGAGGCAAAUCAAUUUCCCUGAGUACUAUGAUUCCACUGACAUAAUCCUGGACCUCAACUUUUACAAUAACAUUCUCAAGAGGUACAGGGAAUUGACAAAUGAGAGUACAGUUCCGAAUGUCGUGCCUUUGGAGGUUAGACUUGCUGAAUUCAAGUGGGAUGAUGAAGUGGUUGAUUAUUGUAGAGGUAUUAAACCCUACCCGGGUGGCUGCUCGUGGGCUGGUGCAAAGAGGGUUUUA